UGGCGGAAAUAUGCUUCCAUACUGCAUGCUGCAGCACUUCCUGAAUUACAAAAUAAUCAGCAAAGAUUCUCUUUUACUCUGUAAUCAGAUUGCAGUUUAAUUUUUGCAUCCACAUCCAAGUAACGUUUUAGUAUUGGGAGAGGACACAGUCAUGGAGGCCGUUUACACCCAAGGCAUCUGGAUGGCUGAAAGUCUCCAGCAGAGGACGAUAAGUCAAGAAAAAAUGUGGCUAGUUAUCACUCACAUUGGAGACCCCAAAGCAGCUUUCCUGCUCGUCUUUCCUUUCACGUAUUUCAUCAGCAAACGAGCUGGAGUGGCGGUGCUUUGGGUAGCAGCUAUAUCGGAGUGGUUAAACUUGGUGUUUAAAUGGAUGCUGUUUGGAGAAAGGCCUUUCUGGUGGAUAGGUGAAUCAGGUCUGUUCGUCAACAAGCAACCCAACGUGCACCAGUUUUCCUCCACCUGUGAAACCGGCCCAGGGAGUCCAUCGGGACAUGCGAUGGUGACGGCAGCAGUCUGGUGGGUCGUGGUGUCCUCAUUGGGGUCAUCUCUGUACUUACGCACUCACAGUGUGGUGUUAUCAGCUGCUCCCUACCUGCUCUAUGUGGUGAUGCUGGUGGCAGUUGGGAUCUCCAGGAUCUUUAUCCUCGCCCACUUCCCUCACCAGGUCAUCGCUGGCUCCAUUACAGGUUUCAUUCUGGGGAUUGUUCUGAGCCGCAGAGUACCAGAAGGACGCCCCCUGCUGUUCUUCUUUAGCUUCAGCAUCGGUCUGCUGCUCGGUACUCUGAUGCUGCAUGCUGGACUGCAGCAGCUGGGAAUCGACCUGUCCUGGUCUAUUACGUUGGCUAAGAAAUGGUGCAGCCGUGCAGAGUGGAUUCGUUUGGAUACAGUCCCAUUCUCAUCUCUGACUCGAGACUGCGGGGCCCUUCUGGGUUUGGGGCUGGCCCAGUACUGGAAGCCUGGCGGAUAUUCUCUGCCUUGGGCUCCACGGGCUUUGUCUCUGGCCAUUUCGUCCAUGGGACUGUACCACGUCAACCGUCUGCCGCUCCCGGUCCGACCACAAGGACUCUUCUAUGGCCUGUUCUUUAUCAAAUUUAUCAUAGUACCUCAGAUUGUCAUGGUGCUUGUGCCUGGACUGGUUUACCUGUUCACACACAAAAAGAAGAAGGACUAGAAACUAUUUUCCCCUCAAUGUUAAAGGUGUCUUUCACAUCUCCAAAGACUAUAGCUUCCUCCUGAGUUUCUGGGCACUUUAAAUGUCUAUUUUAUUGUAUUUCAUGAGUGUGUAAAAGCUGUAGGUAGUUACUCAACAUUUGUUUUUGUUCUCUUACAAUUCAACUGGCAGGAGUCUUCAGUCAGUGAUGUAAUGUGUCUUAAACGAUUACAUGGUCCUUAAAGCUAUAGUGCGUAGUUUCUGUUGCCCCCAUGAGGAAUUCAAAGUAAUGAAAACAAAACUGUCGGCGCGUCCAUAUGAUACAAGCCUUCCGUGAUUGUGCAUCAGAUUUUAUUUUACCGCACAUUUGCAGUAAAUCUAUAUACAGCAAUAAUAAUAAUAAAGUGUUAAUACUAUAAUAUUUUUGGGGAAAUCGUGAGUUGUUCUGCUCUUGAAAACCCCAUUGGGCAGGGUCUAGCUUCUGAAUGUUAGCGGAGAAAGGCUUUGGAGAAAACAUCUUUUCGAUCAUUUGUACUCACUUUAUCGACAAUGUUUCAGCCCUCAGACCUUACCAUCAGGUAAAAGAUUGUGUAAAUCAGAUAAAAAAAGAAAUAAGAGAUUUACUUAAUAAAGGUCUGAGGACCAAAAUAUUGUUAAAGUGAGUACAAGUGGUGAAGACAAGAGUUUUUGAUCCUACGAUCGCUACGAUGUUCUUGUCUGCAAGAACUUCAUAGUUGAUGUUUAUGUUACCCAAGAAAGGUCUUUAUAUAUAUAUAUAGAAAAGAUUAUAUUAUAUUGUAUAUUGUAUUAGUGUUACUCUGUCGACACACUGGUGUUUUGUUUUGUGGACCAAAAUCAUCCAAAUUACAUGUGUAUGUUCUACUCAAAUCUUCAGUAAAAUAAAUGACUGACAUGCAGGGUGUGUUUCAGUUGGUAACCAUUUAUAAAUAUGUUCUU